AUGCAGGAGCUCGGCACGCUGGGCUUUGAGUGCAGCCCUGAGGAGGUGGAUGUGGAGGACAUCACCCAGAACCAAACCAACACCAUCAGAGCCUGCACGGCCCAGGAUGCUGCGCCUGGAAAUUGCCCGGUUUUGGAAAGAUCAACUUUCGAUAAGGGAAAAUGCCUGCAGGGAAUCUCUGAGGAUCUGAGAGCCUACAGGACAGAGCUGAGGAACCUCCAGGACCCGCAGCUGCUGCUGGCUCUCGAUGGGAUGAUGGAGGCCCUGGGCAGCAGCACUGGGAAGGUUCUGGAAGCACCGCUGGCAUUGGGAUCAUCGGGAUCAUUGGGAUCAUCGGGAUUGGGAUCAUUGGGAUUGGGAUCAUCGGGAUCAUCGGGAUUGGGAUCAUCGGGAUCAUUGGGAUUGGGAUCAUCGGGAUCAUCGGAAUUGGGAUCAUCGGGAUCAUUGGGAUUUGGAUCAUUGGGAUCAUUGGGAUUGGGAUCAUCGGGAUCAUCGGGAUCAUCGGGAUCAUUUGGAUCAUCGGGAUCAUCGGGAUUGGGAUGCCCUGGGCAGCAGCACUGGGAAGGAUCAUUGGGAUCAUCGGGAUUGGGAUCAUCGGGAUCAUCGGGAUUGGGAUCAUCGGGAUCAUUGGGAUUGGGAUCAUCGGGAUCAUCGGAAUUGGGAUCAUCGGGAUCAUUGGGAUUUGGAUCAUUGGGAUCAUCGGGAUUUGGAUCAUCGGGAUCAUCGGGAUCAUUUGGAUCAUCGGGAUCAUCGGGAUCAUCGGGAUCAUUGGGAUCAUUGGGAUUGGGAUCAUCGGGAUCAUCGGGAUCAUCGGGAUCAUUUGGAUCAUUGGGAUCAUCGGGAUUGGGAUCAUCGGGAUUGGGAUCAUCGGGAUCAUUGGGAUGGGGAUGGGCGCCGUUCCCGGCGCGGCUGCGCCUCUGCAGCGUGCUCCAGGCCUUGCGCAUCCGCAGCAUCACCAUCAGCAGGAUGCUGAACUUCCUCAGCUCCCUCUGAAUCCCGGGAAUCCGCCAGAACCCAAGGAGAUCCUGCGGGAACGGCGGGAUCCGCGCCCGGCGAGCAUUCCCCGGAAUUCCCGUAAAUGGGCGUUCCAAACCGCGCUUGGUUCCCGGGAUCCGGGGAUGGAAGCUCCAGCUGAGCUCGGAUUUAUCCACAUUUAUUCUGCUGCUUUCCCAGGAAUUCAGAGCUGUUUAUGAUAAUCCCUUCCAACUCCAAUUCUAAUCCGUGAUUUAUUUAGGGUGAUAUUCCAUUCUAUUCCCUGAUUUAUUUAUGGUGAUAUUCCAUUCUAUUCCCUGAUUUA